AAAACAGUCAAAACUGUAGGGCAAGAUACUUCGAGUUCUAGUUGGUUUAAGGAAGAAAUAUCUACUCAGAGAAUGACGUCAAUCUCCAUUAGUUCUAAUCUGAUACUCUGAGUGUGAUUUAGGGCAGUGUGUUGUUAAAUUGGUUGAUGAAACCUCUCAUUUUCUCCAUCUCUCAUGGCGAUGUCGAUGUCGAUGGCGAUGCUGAGUUCUCAUUCACUCAAGGCUUCUCCGCUUCAAAAUCUUUCUUCAAAACUUUUUAACGUUUCAUCUGCGGUAUUCGCCUCCUCUCGCAUCAAAUUUCAAGCCAAGGCUCCGAUGAAUUUCAAUUGCCUGUUGAAAAAUGAUGCCGUUUACGAAGAUCUACCUGCUGUGGGCGAAGAUCUGCCUCCGGAUUACGAAGAGUGGACGCCGAAGAAGGAUCCGAAGGACCGGAGAAGAGCCGGUAUUCUGCUACAUCCGACGUCGUUUCGAGGCCCGCACGGCAUUGGAGAUCUCGGCGAGGAGGCGUUUUGCUUCUUGGACUGGCUUCACGAGGCCGGUUGCUCCGUUUGGCAGGUUCUUCCUCUUGUCCCUCCUGGCAGAAAGGGUAAUGAAGAUGGUUCCCCAUACGCCGGCCAGGAUGCAAAUUGUGGCAACACUCUUCUGAUUUCUCUUGAAGAGCUUGUUAAGGAUGGUUUGUUGAUGAAAGAAGAGCUUCCAAAACCAGUUGAUGCAGAUCGUGUGGACUUCUCAACUGUUGCUGAUAUAAAAGAUCCGCUGAUAGCUAAGGCUGCAGAGAGGCUCAUUCUGAGUAAAGGGGAACUCAAAAAUCAUUUUGAAGAUUUCCGUAGAGAUCCUGAGAUUUCAAACUGGCUUGAAGAUUCGGCUUAUUUUGCUGCUAUUGAUGAGACUUUGAAUACAAUCAGUUGGUAUGAUUGGCCUGAACCUUUAAAGAAUCGGCAUCUUUCCGCCUUGGAAGAAAUUUAUCAAAGCAAACGAGAUUUUAUAAACAUAUUCAUUGCCCAACAAUUCUUAUUCCAAAGGCAAUGGCAGAAAGUUCGUAACUAUGCGCAGAUGAAAGGAAUCAAGAUAAUGGGAGACAUGCCCAUUUAUGUGGGUUAUCACAGUGCAGAUGUGUGGGCAAAUAAGAAAUAUUUUUUACUGAACAAGAGUGGUUUUCCUCUUCUAGUUAGUGGUGUUCCUCCCGAUGCCUUUAGUGAAACUGGCCAGCUGUGGGGCAGCCCUCUCUAUGAUUGGAAAGCCAUGGAGAGAGAGAGAUUUUCUUGGUGGAUACGCCGAAUCCGACGUGCACAAAAUAUAUAUGAUGAAUUCAGAAUAGACCACUUUCGAGGGUUUGCUGGCUAUUGGGCUGUUCCUUCUGAAGCAAAAUUUGCAAUGGAUGGACAAUGGAAGAUGGGACCAGGGAAAUCGUUGUUUGAUGCCAUCUUCAAGGCUGUUGGAAAGAUCAAUAUUAUUGCAGAGGACUUGGGUGUAAUCACCGAGGAUGUAAUUCAGCUCAGGAAAUACAUCAGAGCACCUGGAAUGGCUGUCCUCCAGUUUGGUUUUGGGAGUGAUGCAGAUAACCCACAUUUGCCUCAUAAUCACGAGCAAAAUGAAGUUGUUUAUACCGGGACUCAUGACAAUGACACAACCCGAGGUUGGUGGGAUAUCCUAGAACAAGAGGAGAAAUCUAAUGUACUAAAGUAUGUCACAGUUACUGGAGAAGAUGAUAUCUCAUGGGCACUGAUCCAGGCUGCACUAUCUUCAGUGGCACAAACUGCUAUCAUACCUAUGCAAGAUGUUCUUGGGUUGGGGAAUUCAGCCAGGAUGAACAUCCCAGCAACUCAGUCUGGCAAUUGGGGUUGGCGGUUACCUAGUUCCAUGAGCUUUGAUGACUUGGAAUCCGAAGCAAAGAAACUAAGAGAUUUACUUUCAAUCUAUGGGCGGCUCUGAAUAAGAAUUGCCAAGGUGUUAAGUCUGGAUGUGCCGGCCAUCACACGACUUCUUAUAUGAGGUACGUAUGCACGGGUACUCCAUAUGAACUGCAGUUCAAGGUUGAAGUUUAGUUUUGAAUGAAUAAAAUCAGCCUACUUGUUUGUCAUGUAGUUCAGUUUCCAUUGUGAAGGGUCACAAGUCAUACCACUGUACAUUUGGUGUAGAACUCUCAGAUCUGCAAAUUGAGGGAUCUUGCAGAUGAAUAGAGUUGAAUUGACAUAGUAUAUAGGAAUAAGGAGUAAUAAGUAGUCACCGCUGCCCUUUGUGUGUUAAGUUCAAAAAUGUGUAGUAAAUCAGUUUUAAUUAAGAGUUUUUUUAGUGUAAAACAUCUACUUAUCCUCCACUUUAAAUUUUUGGCAUUUCCUUUUCUAUGGUCUUAAA